CGCAGAGCGGGCCGGGCUGGGCGCGCGCGGGAGGCGCGCGCAGGACCGCAGCGCGCGCCCGCCGGCCCGCAGCCUUCUCCUCCCCGCACCCUGGCAACGCCGAGCGCCGACGCCCCGCGCCCCGGUCAUGGGGAACGUGCCCUCCGCGGUGAAGCACUGCCUCAGCUACCAGCAGCUUCUCCGGGAGCAUCUCUGGAUCGGGGAUUCAGUGGCAGGGGCGCUCGACCCCGCGCAGGAACCCUCCCGGUUAUCUGGACUCCCUGAGUAUGUUAAAAUAGUUGAAGUUGGACCUAGGGAUGGAUUGCAGAAUGAAAAGGUUAUAGUCCCUACAGAUAUAAAAAUUGAAUUUAUCAAUCAGCUUUCGCAAACCGGCUUGUCUGUAAUAGAAGUGACAAGCUUUGUGUCUUCCAGAUGGAUACCACAGAUGGCUGACCACACGGAAGUGAUGAAGGGCAUUCGUCAGUAUCCAGGAAUUCGCUAUCCUGUCCUAACUCCGAAUCUCCAGGGUUUUCACCGUGCUGUUGCUGCAGGAGCCACUGAGGUAUCAGUUUUUGGUGCCGCCUCUGAAUCCUUUAGCAAGAAGAAUAUUAACUGUUCUAUCGAAGAAAGUAUGGAGAAGUUUGAGGAGGUCGUUAAGUCUGCAAGGCACAUGAAUAUUCCAGCUCGAGGGUAUGUAUCCUGCGCCUUGGGCUGUCCAUAUGAAGGAAACAUCACACCACAGAAAGUGACUGAAGUAUCUAAGCGAUUGUAUGGCAUGGGAUGUUAUGAGAUCUCUCUGGGAGACACGAUUGGCGUGGGAACUCCAGGAAGCAUGAAGAAAAUAUUGGAAAGUGUCAUGAAAGAAAUCCCACCACGAGCCCUGGCUGUUCACUGUCAUGACACAUACGGACAGGCCUUAGCAAAUAUCCUUACAGCCCUUCAGAUGGGGAUAAAUGUGGUGGAUUCUGCAGUAUCCGGAUUAGGGGGUUGCCCUUAUGCAAAGGGCGCUUCUGGGAAUGUAGCCACUGAGGAUUUGGUCUACAUGCUUAAUGGCCUGGGGCUCAACACAGGUGUGAAUCUUUACAAAGUGAUGGAAGCUGGCGACUUCAUUUGCAAAGCGGUGAAUAAAACUACAAACUCUAAAGUAGCACAAGCCUCCUUCCAUGCUUGACUUAAAUGCAUUUGUGACUUAAGGCUGAGAAGAUCCAUUUCAGCUACAGAUUCAUCUGAAAAUCAUGACUGUCAACUUGUGCUGAUACGGGAAGUAAUAGACAAGAGUGGGGGAAAAAUGGGGGUACUUUCACAAAGCGUAUUAUUGGCUAGAUUACGAAGUCGUGGAGAAGAAAUACCAGCCAUCAAGUAAAUUUCAAGCCGAGGCUAAAUGAAAAAUUUGUAGACGUGCUUUGAAUGUGGAGAAAAGUCUACUCUAUUGCUCUUACAGAAAUAACUUUUUAAUUUAGUAGAUGUGAAAAUUGACUUCAGAUUUCCCUAAGUAUCAAGUACUGUGUUAAUACUUAAUCAAGCUGGCUUAGCACAGCCUCCGUAUUGUCAGUAGUUUAUGAGCUCCUGCGUGGUGUGCAGAGUGUGUGGCCUUCAUGUUAUACGUUAUGCCUCUGGAUCUCGACUUUCCGUUUGCCAAGUCAGUUAAGUUAUGGACCAAGCGCCAAAUCUCCAUCUGACCCUACAUAAUUUUUAGCAAUAGAACUUUUAUAUUUCAAGUAUGCUAACAUCUGUUAACUAUUUCAAUGACUUUAUCUUGUUCCAAGAGGCUGUGGUCAAUGGCAAGAUGCCACAUCCUGGAAACAUAUGACCCCCCAGUCUGUCACAUGCAUCCAGUUUACCAUACUUUCCCUUUCAUCAGUUGUAGUAAAAAAAAAACAAAAAAACAAAAAAACAAAAAAAAACAAAAAAAACAGUGGGGUGUUGCUCAACAAUUGAGAAAUAAAAGGUACAACUUUCAUCCCAAUGUCUGAGUUACAGUGUUGAGAAUAAAUUGAUGCAUGUACCGUAAUUCCCUUUUAUAGUUUUCAGAUCACUUCCAAAUUAUCCAAGAAAUGUCACUGUUAUCCUAAUAAUAUUAAGGCAGUUAUUAAUUCAUGGGAAAAAAAUGUUUUCCAUUGAUUUAGGGUACUUUGAUUAAAUCACAUCAUUUUGGGGGGUUGACUUUUUAUGAUUUGUUUUUUUUUUUAAUGUUGAAGUGGCUGAAAUUCUGUCUUUUUAAAUAGUAUUGCCAGAAAUAGCAAAAAUUAAUAUGUCAAAGAUGAGGAGAGGAGCAGGAGGGCUGUGUUAAGAAAAAACAUUUUGGUAACCUAUGCAAAUCAUAUGGGAUAGUAUUAUUAUAGGCGGGUCAGUUCUGUUAUUUAUGUAGACUUCUCCAACAAUACUGGCUGAUUUUAUCUUUGAAUAAAUUCAAAUAGAACUUGAAAUAUGAAAGUGAGCACUGUGGACUUCCUUGUAAAUAUUCAUCAAAACCACUGAAAUAAAAAGAAAUUAAGAAAAUAAGAGAAGUACUUAUUGCAACUAAGUUAACUUUGAAGAUGUACAAUCAAAGAAAAGGACCUCAAGGGAAACAUAUUGGAAACUGACAAAACCAAACUAAGUUCCCAUGGAAGAGGCUAACUCACGUUGUAAUGGGUGACAGAGCAGGAGCUUGUCAUCAGAACGGAGGGGUUCUUUGCAUCUGGGUUAGUGCCGGGAGGAGGCAGUGCAAAGAGCAAAUGAAAUUGCAGCUCUUUCUGGAUCUGUUACAUCGUCUCUUUUCAGGAAGGCCGUGAUUCUGCAGGCAGCGGCAACUAUGGGUCACCUGCCCUAGUGAACACCAUACAAUACCAUCAUACAAUACCACCAUACAAUACCAUCCUCUGAAGAGACUGACUUUUCUUCUGUCUUACUGCAACUGUGAAGUUCUUAGUUUUGAGAUGUUUGGGAAAGCAUCUGUUCAUGCAGACGGCUUAUAGAAACAGCUAGGGGCAAAACGUUGCUGUUUAGAAAUAAAAACCGUGGACUCUCCAAAAGGCAGUGCAAGUGGUGAAGCCCAGGUACAGCCUCGCACGUACUUAGAAGCACACACGCAUCAGUGGACUAAUUCAUAUCCCAGAAUACCUCACCGUUCCUAGGUACACUCUCUACAGAGAAGUUUGUGCUUUAGAUAUUUGUUAUCCUUCCCUGACUCUAACCAUCUACACCUCUUUCCUAACUUAAAGUUUCUUUUCUGGUUUGGUGGGGAAAAAAAUCACAUAAUCAAAUAAAGCUGCCUGAAGUCUAUGGGUAGAAUCCCCAUCCAACGCUAUGUUUCAACUAACCAGGCAACCUUGGGACCAUUGUAGGACGUACCCAAACAACCCACCCGUGCAUAGACCCCUGCUGUUAGCCCUGGGGAAAGCCUUAGGAAUGGCAAAACGAUCGUGACCUUUAUUGAAACACAUAUCCAAAUCAUCUUUUAUGACAUCUGCUCUACUCUGAAGACUAGAAAUUUUCUAAAUUCUGGAUUCAUGAAAUUCACAAAGUAAAUCAAGGGAAACCGCCUAUGACUUGCUGCAAAAAUUCAGAACGCCCUUUUGUGCUGUUUAGUCUGACCAUGAUAACAUUUAAUAAAUACCAUGUUAGCUGUA